GUGCGAAUCUUCAAAAUGCAAACCUUCAAAAUGCGAACCUCGAAGGCGCAUCUCUUCAAGAUACGAAUCUCGAGGGUGCAGAUCUUACUGGUGCAAAUCUUCGACGUUCAGAUCUUCAAGGUGCAAAUAUUCGUGGUACUUAUCUCAACAAUACAAAUUUUGAAG